AUGUGCCCCCCGCCCUCCUUCAAGGAGAAUGCAGGGUUCAGUCGUCUUCAUGGAAUUGAUUACACCAGUGGAUACACUGGGACAGACGGGCCCAGCCUUAAUCAUGAUUUUUCGCGCGGCGACGCGGCGCUUGGUCAGAAGCCUGAUAACACACGUUCUUCCCAGUUACCAUCGGGCUCGCAGCAGGUACCUGCUGUUUCGCAUGUAGGCGUUGAACCGAGCGGAGCAGGACUUGUUAAUCAGCAUCAGAGUCGAGAACAUUCAAAUUUUAGUUUUUAUACUGACGUCCAUUCUCCGCAGGAGUCGUCUGUCUCGCAGGCGAGAAGCAGCGGGUUAUACUCUCCCGCACACUCGUCUGAAAACCGAAGUUACUCGGUCGAUAGGCUUUCCGAGGAGGCAUCCAGAGAAGAGGCUGACGUUGAUUCUCAUCAAUCAUCUCUUCCUCGUCUGACCCCAGCGUCCAACUUCUCCUCACUUUUCCCACCUCCUCGAGCGGUGACUUCUGUCAUUACCACCCAUCCAACAUACGCGCCGUCUUCCAAUCGAACUCAGAGUCGACACCAAAAUUUUGCACAUCCUAGUCAGGCAGCUUCUUCCCAACCGUCACCAGUCUCGUCCGUCCGUUACCACCCGUACGCGCAGUUAUCAGGCAAUUUUAGCAAUUUAGGAAGUUUCGACACACACUCAGCGACACCGAGCUCGAGGGAUUCUUCGGCGCCGCCUUCUCUUUCGCACUCGAUUUCUUCUACAGGCCUUUCUUUAGUCAGCUCACGAUCGACUAGCCGCUCUGUCGCUGUAUCGGCGGUCGGUUCACCGUACUACGACACACAUUCAUCACACCAUUUGAUAACACCUUACUCGGACGCCGGUGUAGCCCGCGGCAAUCCAUCCAAUCCAGCGGCUUCACCAACACAGAAUUUAGAUCCUUCGCUUGUUUCGUCAGAAGCUCAGUCGUGGUCGCAUUCCUCGGUACCAUCGAGCAGCCAAGUACAUCGAUCAGCUACAUCUAGCGUCCCUAGAGUGUCGCCUUAUAUUGCUUCUCGCGCUCGUUCUCCGUUCACAACUUCACAACCUCCUUUUCACUCUACUUCUCCUAGCAUAUAUACCCAUUACGCCCUUAAGGGUGAACAGGAGGAAGAUCUCAAGCUCAGCGCAGACCAGUCUUACGUAGAUAUAGAAUCUACUGGAGGACAACAGACACAAGCGAGUGGUUUACAUUCGUUCACUGCUGGUUCAAGCGGGUCGGUUGCACCCUUCACACAAGCCACGCAUUUACCGUCUACUCUUGGAGCAAGGAGAGCCCGCUCGGCGCAUCAUAGAUCUUUAGGGCAUCAGUCAGGUUAUGAUCGCCAGAAGUACGGAUACACCUUAAGUCAACGAAACGAUAAUCAGGUGGCGCAGCUAUUAUCAGAGUUUACGACGCCGAGCACUUCUACACGCCUAACGACCAUGAGUGGCAACAUGUACCAUGCAGACGUUGACUUGGACACGCUCGAGUCGUAUGACGAUGAUGACGUCCUUGGGAAUCUUCCUCACGGGACAUCACGAUAUGACGAGGCAGACGAGUAUUCUACAGUUGAUGCGAGCGCCGGCGGCAAAAAGGGUGAGAAACAAGUGAGGAGGAGAAGCAGUAAAGCUUGCGACCAGUGUCGCAAAUCAAAAUGCAAGUGCGAACGCACUGGAGAUGGGGAACCUUGCAAGAGCUGUAUGAUGCUUGGGACGCCAUGCACAUUUCUUGGUCCCUCGCGGAAACGUGGGCCUCCAAAAGGGUACAUUGAUGCCAUUGAAUCCCGUUUGCAUCAAACGGAGGCACUUGUCGGGAUUAUUCUCGCACUUGCAAACCCUGAGAGAAGUGUCUUGGAAAAUGAUGUAUCUGUACCUGAUGAACGGGCCCGGUCCCUCUUGGAGGAUCUACGAAAUAAUGACCCACUGGCAAGGGAGAUCGUGGAUCGCGUAGACCGGGGAGCAUAUGGAACAAAAGGAAGGAAGGCUCAAAUUCAAACGACUAGCGUAAAUGUUGAUGCAAAACAUUCCUCACGGCCGACUGCGGGUAGUAGCGACGAAAGGAGCAGUGGAAGCGCUGGGACAGUGAAAGACAGCAGAGUCUCUGGAAGCGCGUCGGGAAUGAGUGGUCCUCCGGCAAGUGUCCAAGGACGGGGUCGGAUGGUUGGUCUCGGUCAAGAAAUGGAAACGAGCAGUCUGUCAACCGCCCAUCCUUCAAACGAAUGGCAAGAUACGGUAACCGAGCGCAUGAAGGCAGCUGCGCGGUCUCGUAGUUCCAUCCCUUCAUCUUCAUCAGGUGUGACGGCGGGUAGGCAUACGUUUCAGGCACCAGGUCCCAACGAUGAAAGAGAGAGACAGCGGAGGCGUAUUGAUUCUCCCGUGCAACGUCAAUUAGAAUAUUCACCCGAGCGAUUCGUGCAUUCCCAGCCUGGUCAUAAACAAAGCAUGGGUUCUAUCGGUGGAUCGUCAGAUCCUGCGAAUCCGUUGUCCAUGACUACGAGCGCAGCCCGAUAUUCUCCGCCAGUACCAUCUUCCUUUGCAUCAACAAUAUACAACAAUUCGGCGAUGGGACAACCCCCAUCAACUGCAUCCUCACAUUCAUCGUAUGGGAUUGAUAGUGCUGUGGACGAAGCAGAAAAUGUUGAGGGAGAAGAAGGCAUUACUGGUGGCGUGGGUCAGUUGUCGAUUAAUGAGGAAGCUCAAGUUCGCUUCCAUGGGAAAGCGAGUGGCCUGCACCUUCUUGGUCAGAAAUUAAGGGUGGACGGAAGGAACAAAGGUGGUAUAUGGCAUUUUCCUAAAGCACGGGUGUGGCCACCUGUUGCCCCGUCCUCUACACUGCACAGUGCUAGAGCCAAAGAAGCGGAAGCUUGUGAGCGUGCUGCCCGUGCUCGUCUCCCAGCUCGUGACGUCCAAGAGCAUCUUCUGGAACUUUAUUUCACCCAUGUGCACCCGUUUCUACCAAUUGUCCAUAAACAGACUUUCCUUCGCGAUUUUAAAGAAACGUGUGAUGUUUUGGAGCAGAACAAAUCGGCUCCAAAACCUUCAUCCAGUGACCGCGGUCGCUCAACUGACCUUUCGCUGGAUUCAACUUCACAAGGGCAUCGCUCAUCUUCGGCUUCUUCUGCGCAUGUUGAUGAUGAUGCACCAAAUGACGACAACCGCGAGAAGAGCGCCAGUGGAGCGUCGCCUCGUAUUUCAACCCUUCUAUUGCUUGCGAUGUUUUCAAUUGCUGCACGUUACGCGCCUGUUGCUCAUGGUACGAGUGCAUCACCCGGACAAGUCUUAUUAGAUCCUUCUCGGUCUUCUGCGGAUUUUGGUCCUAGUCAACAUGGCGAGAGAUCUACAAAUUCAAAUCAAACAGCUCCAUCCGAAAUCACAGCUCCGGAAGUUGAGACUUCCAAAAACCCGGGUACGGGAAUCACGUCUGAGCUAGAAGCGGAUGCGGCUUUGCCAGACCCUGAUUCUGGUCAUAUGUGGGCAGCUGGCGAUGGCUUUUUGGAGCGAGCGAAAGUUUUGCUUGAUAGGUGCUACUCUAGUUCGCGUCCGAGUACUUGUCAGGCACUUAUACUGAUGGGAUAUCGGGAAAUUGGAAUUGGCGCAAUGGCUCAGAGCUGGCUUUACAUAGGUAUGGCGGUUAGAAUGGCUCAAGAUCUAGGAAUGCACCGCUCUUCAGAUGGCUGGUCUCGUGACGGCGAACCCAUCUUUACUGCUCUAGAGCAACAGAUACGGAAACGCAUCUGGUACGCGUGCGUGAUAAUGGAUAAGUACGUAUCUGCGUACAUAGGACGGCCUCUUUCAAUAUUCGAAGCAGAUUACGACACGCGAUUGCCGAGUGUUGAAGAGAUUGAAGAACUUGAGUUAUGGUCACCUGACGAAUCAACACCAAACGCAAUCCUGGCCGACCCGGUUGAAGUCAUAACGGCACCUGUGCCGGCAUUCAAUCCCGUUCCAGGACGUGUCAUUUCGUGCUUCAAUGAAGCUGCUCGACUUUCGUCGAUACUUGCAAUGAUUAUGCAAGCGAUCUAUGCUGUUAACCCAGUGUCAAGUCGUCACCUUGAGGCCUUGCAACUCGAGCGGACGCUUGAUAGAUGGUACAUGGAUUUGCCGGAGUAUUUACAGUUCGAUACGAGCGUUAAAUCGACGCCAAUGCCACCGUCGAAUGUCCUUACUUUGCAUAUGCAAUAUUGGUGUGUUGUAAUUCUACUUCAUCGGCCAUUUAUUCCGCACUACAUAGCAAUGCAUCGAAAACGCUCUCAACUAGAGUCUCCGGUUGAUCAAAACGCAUACUCCGCAGCUCAGAAGAACUUUAAUUUAUGCGUUUCGGCCGCCAACCAUAUCACGUCAAUCGUAUCAGUAUAUCAAGAACGCUUCUGCCUCAAGCGAUGUUCUGUAUUUUUAAGCUACUAUAUUUUCACUGCCGGAAUAAUGCACAUUACAGCGAUGGCGACGAAUUUAAAUGAUCCGCAAGCAUCCCUUGGCCUUGAAAAAUGCAUGGACGUCUUGAAGCGUAUCGAAAUAGUUUGGCCCAGCGCCGGCAGAGCAUGGGAACUUUUGAAUGGUGCUAAGGACGAUCUACCCGAUUAUGAGCUUCCUCUCGCAAACGCCGACAGACCGAGAAAACGUUCGGCAGAUGACCCAGUUGGAACUGUACUGUUGGGGGAUCCAUCUCACCUCCACGGGACUCGAGACGCGUCCACUUUGGCGCCUCAGCUGUAUGCUCCAGCGGCAGCGAACGAUCAGCGCUAUGCUCAUGCACCGGAUGUGAUGGGGAAUGCGCGUGCGCUGGCUCUGUUCAACUCGUAUUCUCGAUGGUCAUCAGAAGAUCCGUUGGGUUUUCCAUCAGGGCUUUCGACCUCUGUCUUGCCGCAGCAGUACAGCACCGGAUUCGUAGACGACCGAAUGUCCACAGGGUUCCAUCAUUCACCAGCUGCCGUUGCCGAGGGGAGUGGGCGCUACAACCAGUAUUGGAGCGAGUAUUCAAUGGGACAGCCCUCUUCUAUGCUCGGUUCUAUGUAUGAUUUGCCAGCACUAUCGAGUACUAAUCAUAGUGAUCAGCCGAGUCCACAUGUUGGUCAUGACUCUCACCAAUCUCAAGAAUUCCAAUCCACGCCGCUAUACAUGAAUGACCACUAUAAUGUCUUUGGUUAG